GCAGAGAAACGCCUCUCAGAGUGUCUGCAGAAAUGAAUUAUAUAAAGAGGGAGAGAUUAAUCUUCCUUUCUCAAGGUUUAAUCCAUACCUUCUGCUCCAGACUCAAAAGGUCCACCAUCUCCAAAGGGAUUACCUGAGGACUAGACUGAAAAUCUGUGAUCAUGGUGGGACUGAAGCCAUCUGAUAUUCCUCCUCCUUUGGGAGUGAAGGUACUGAGUGCAGGUACAGCCGCCUGCAUCGCCGACCUUGUCACCUUCCCUCUGGACACAGCUAAAGUCCGGCUGCAGAUCCAGGGUGAGAAGGUGGCAGUAGAAGCUGCCAAGAACAUCCGUUAUCGUGGUGUAUUUGGGACGAUCAGCACCAUGGUGCGGACCGAGGGGCCUCGCUCGCUCUAUAACGGCCUGGUGGCUGGCCUGCAGAGACAGAUGGCCUUUGCAUCCAUACGAAUUGGCCUCUACGACAACGUCAAGAGCUUCUACACAGGAGGCAAAGACAACCCUAAUGUAGGUAUCCGGAUCCUGGCCGGCUGCACCACAGGGGCGAUGGCCGUUUCCAUGGCUCAGCCUACAGACGUAGUGAAGGUGCGCUUCCAGGCCCAGAUGAACCUGCAGGGAGUCGCUCGUCGCUACAACGGGACCAUGCAGGCGUAUAGACAGAUCUUCUUACAGGAGGGCCUCCGUGGACUCUGGAAAGGAACGCUACCCAACAUCACCAGGAAUGCCUUGGUCAACUGCACAGAGCUUGUGUCUUAUGAUCUUAUCAAAGAAGCCAUUCUUGGACACAAGCUGAUGUCAGAUAACCUGCCGUGUCAUUUCGUCUCUGCGUUCGGGGCUGGAUUCAUCACCACCGUCAUCGCCUCUCCUGUGGAUGUGGUGAAGACUCGCUACAUGAACUCUCCUCCUGGUCAGUACAAAAGUGCCAUCCACUGUGCCUGGACCAUGAUGACCAAAGAAGGACCUACAGCCUUCUACAAAGGAUUUGUGCCUUCCUUUCUCAGACUGGGAUCAUGGAACAUCGUCAUGUUUGUGUCAUUCGAGCAGCUGAAGAGAGCCAUGAUGGCCUCUAAAAAGAAGAUGGAAGCCACCAUGUAGAGAAAGACUGCUGCUCCUAUGUUAAAUGCACUGACUCACUGAACAAGCUGCCGUUUGUGCUGCUGAAGGAAAAAUGAUUGACAAAAAUCAGCAAAAGCAGGUGGCCAAAUAUUUAACUUAUUAGUCUGAACUAAAGGAAAAGAGGAAGAACGCUCACCCUAAGAUUUACUCUAUACAGGGAAUUGAGAGAGAUGAAAGCAUAGCCAGUUCAUGCUUACUGCAUGAUAAUAAUUAUAAUAUCUCUCAGAGUCUGGUGUGUGUGUGCGUGCGCGUCUGAACCUGUGUGUAUAAUGCUUUAUGAUGUACAGGUCCUGUGGUGUUCGGUAGCUGGAAGAUGAUGAAAAGCCACAUUCUGUACUUUGCCUUUUUUUUUGCUAAACUACUGUACGUACAACGUGGCUUUACACACAAAACUGUCCAUAAGCUGUCUUUUUUUAUAAUUAUUAUUAAUACUAAUUAAUCCUUUGUUUAAAAAAGGACAAUGUGUUUUUAAUUUAUGUUGAACUGUUUACUGUAUGUUUACUCACCGCUCGAUUGCUGUAAGCUUGCAGGAGAAACGUGCGAGCCACACUGUAAGCUAUGACAGCAAACAACCUGAAAGGCAUCAAAGUCCAUUUCUAAAAUAAAUACAUAUUUAGGUAAAGCACACUGAAUGCUUUACAACUUCCA